CCGGCUCCCUCUUACGCCGCGAUCGAGAGACCUGGAGAGGCUCAAGUCAUCGACUCGGUUGCCAUCCUCUUGGGAUCUUGCCGUCGUCUACGACCCGUGACCAUCAGGCCAUGUCGACCGGCGGCAACGACGACGGCAAUGUGAAGAAGAGCAAGAAGAAGGAGACGAAGCUGGGGAUGACGUGCAAGAAGGACGUCAGCUUCGGCGACUGGUACUCGGAGGUCAUCGUCCACGGCGAGAUGAUCGAGUACUACACCGUCUCCGGCUGCUACAUCCUGAUGCCGUCGGCGGUGGGGGUAUGGGAGCUCCUGAAGGGCUUCUUCGACGGCGAGAUGAGGAGGCUGAAGGCUCAGCCCUACUACUUCCCCCUGUUCGUCACCGAGAGCGCCCUGCAGAAGGAGAAGGACCACAUCGACGGCUUCGCUCCGGAGGUGGCCUGGGUCACCAAGUCCGGCGACUCCGACCUCGAAGCUCCCAUCGCCAUCCGCCCGACGAGCGAGACCAUCAUGUACCCGUACUUCUCCAAGUGGAUCCGGAGCUACCGGGACCUGCCGUUCCGGUGCUACCAGUGGUGCAACGUCGUCAGGUGGGAGUUCAGCGACCCGACCCCGUUCAUCAGGAGCCGCGAGUUCCUCUGGCAGGAAGGCCACUCGGCGUUCGCGACGAGGGAGGAGGCGGACGAGGAGGUUCUCCAGGUGCUGGAGCUCUACCGGAGGAUCUACGAGGAGUUCCUGGCGGUUCCGGUGAUCAAAGGACGGAAGAGCGAAAUGGAGAAAUUCGCCGGCGGUCUCUACACCACCAGCGUCGAGGCAUUCGUCCCGAACACCGGCCGUGGGAUCCAGGCAGCGACAUCCCACUGCCUCGGCCAAAACUUUGCCGACAUGUUUGGCAUCAAGUUUGAGGACGACAGAGGCUCGAGGUCGAAUGUCUGGCAGAACUCCUGGGGGUACUCGACGCGCUCGAUCGGGGUGAUGGUGAUGACACACGGCGACGACAAGGGCUUAGUGAUGCCACCAAGGGUGGCGCCACUCCAGGUGAUCGUCAUCCCUGUGCUUUAUUACAAGGACGCUGACAUGAUGGCUGCUCUCAAGGAAGCGUGUGAAUCCACCGUGCACACCCUCAGCCAAUCCUGGAUCCGAGCGGAGUUCGACGACCGUGAGAAUCACAAUCCAGGUUGGAAGUACUCUCACUGGGAGAUGAAAGGUGUUCCUUUGAGGAUCGAGAUCGGCCCAAGAGAUCUGGCGAACAAACUGGUCCGUAUGGUCCGGCGAGACAAUGGCGUGAAGGUUGAUGUUCCUGUGGCUAAUCUGGUUGAGGAGGUUAGAGUGCUGCUAGAUGGGAUUCAAGAAAACCUGUUCAGGGCAGCCAAGGAAAGGAGAGAUGCCUGCAUCCGAGUCAUCCACACAUGGGAUGAGUUCAUCGCAGCUCUGAAUGACAAAAGACUGAUCUUGGCGCCAUGGUGCGAUGAAGAGGAAGUCGAGAAAGAUGUGAAAGCCCGGACGAAGGGGGAAGGGGAGCUUGGAGCUGCCAAAACAUUGUGCACUCCAUUUGACCAGCCAGAACUGCCGGAUGGAACCCUGUGCUUUGCUUCUGGAAAGCCUGCAAAGACCUGGUCGUUUUGGGGACGCAGUUACUGAUGUCUAGUGGCGUAUGUAGUAUUAAGUUUCAAUUUGACAGUGUCUCGGUUUGUAGUGUGUUGUCUUGCUGCGUUUAGAAUUUACAUCCAUGGUUUGAAUUUCUCCAUGGUCUAAAUAAAGGGUCGCCCAAU